UCAUUGCCAUCCACAAUGAAUUCUCCCGCUCUCAUCUUCUUUGCAAGUUUUCUUUGCCAUGUUGCCAUUGCAGGCCGAACCUGUCCCAAGCCAGAUGAUUUACCAUUUGCCAUAGUCGUUCCAUUAAAAUCGUUCUACGACCCAGGAGAGCAGAUCACGUAUUCCUGCCGGCCCGGUUAUGUGUCCCGGGGAGGGAUGAGAAGGUUUACAUGCCCUCUCUCUGGCAUAUGGCCCAUGAACACCCUGAAAUGUCUACCUAGAGUAUGCCCUUUUGCUGGACUCUUAGAAAACGGAGCUGUACGCUAUACAACCUUUGAAUAUCCCAACAUGAUCAGCUUUGCUUGUAACCCUGGGUUUUAUCUGAACGGAACUCGUUCUGCCCAAUGCACCGAGGAAGGAAGAUGGAGCCAGGAGCUUCCUGUCUGUGCUCCUGUAACCUGUCCUCCACCACCUGUACCUAAAUUCGCGAAGCUUAGCGUUUUUAAGCCAUCAGCUGGAAACAACUCCUUCUAUCGGGACACUGCAGUCUUUGAAUGUUUGCCACAACAUGCCAUGUUUGGGAAUGACACAAUUACCUGCAUGGCACAUGGAAAUUGGAGUGAACUACCAGAAUGCAGGGAAGUAAAGUGCCCAUUUCCAUCAAGACCAGACAAUGGAUUUGUGAACUAUCCUGCAAAGCAAGCACUUUAUUACAAGGAUAAAGCCACAUAUGGUUGCCAUGAUACAUUUGUUCUGGAUGGCCCAACAGAAGUGGAAUGUGGCAAAUUGGGGAAAUGGUCUGCUCAGCCAAGCUGUAAAGCAUCUUGUAAAUUAUCUGUUAAAAAAGCCACUGUGCUUUUCCAAGGAGAGAAAGUAAAGCUCCAAGAAAGAUUUAAGAAUGGAAUGCUGCAUGGUGAAAAAGUUUCCUUUUUCUGCAAAAAUAAGGAAAAGAAGUGUAGCUAUACAGAGGAUGCUCAGUGCAUAGACGGCACCAUUGAAAUCCCCAAAUGCUUCAAGGAGCACAGUUCUUUUGCUUUCUGGAAAACUGAUGCCUCAGAUGUAAAGCCAUGUGAAAGUGAUUCUUAG